AUGGGUAAAGAGGGCGACCCCGCAGGUGCAUUGACGUCCCGGUCGGUCUUCGGUGGUCGCUUGCAGCAGAAAACCAGGAGCACGAACACGGUCAAGAGGAGCACGAAGGGGAUGCUGAUGCUGAGCCACAACUCGAGGGCCUCGUCGUCCACCGAGUCGGUACAACUGGAAGUGCUGUUGCUAUUGUCAGCAAUGUCUUGGGCGGCGGCGGCGGCGGCAUUCUCGGUCGAUGGGUUCGUGCCCUUUAAGGUCGUGCCGCUCGAACCUGUUCGAAGGGAUCCGGAACCUGCUGCGGACAUGGUGAGCUUCAGCAUUUCCGACGGCACUUCGCCAAUCAGCCAGUUCGGACCGGUGGGUCGUCCCCUUUCUACUCGGAGCAAAGACGCUGUUCCUCGUCGUGGAGUCCAGAGAUCGACAGAGCCACCGGACGGACAACUGGAGCGUCAGGUGCUCGAUCGAUAG